AUGAGCCGACCUGCCACAUGGAGUGUGGAUGGUUUUCUGCGUGUGGCAUACGACUCAGUGGCAGAAACUAUGCCAGAUGAGUACACCACGUUCAACCAUGUCUACAAGGAGCGCUGGCAAGACAUCCUUCGAUUUCGAUCUCGGUCCCUAUUCACUACUUGUGAAGUAUGCUGCUCCUUCAAAACACAGUUGCAGGAUAGGAAACUCAGUUUCGAACAAAAACUGGGAUGUUUGCAGGGCUACAGGGCCCAUCUACACGACCAGUAUUGCGAUCGUACAUCAAUUUGGACACUGCAGUUUGAGGGUGCAGAUCCCCAAUCUGGAAUACUAAUGAUUUGCACAGAUGGCCUUGAUCAAGCCAAAUUUGCCCUUCCAAGGGACCCACAGCUUCGCGCCAAUGCUGGGUUGGCGAAACACCAAAGACCUCGCAUGAAGAUCCACGGAGUCUGGUGUUAUGGCUACACCCUCAAUAUAUCAGUCAUGGACGAGUGUAGUCGACAUGACAGCAGCGCAAUCCUAGAAAUGAUUUCGAGGGCAGUCGAGGACGCAACUUGGGUUUCCUUUUGUACAGGUUUCCUUCAGUUUAUUUAUGUAGUCAAAGCUGACAACACAGUCAGAGAGGCUAAAAAUCAACACGUCCUUACAUACUUGCACCUGGCAGUGGGGAGGCAUUUGUUUCGGAGUGCGUGUUUGUGCCACCUGCGAAAAUCGCAUACCCAUUGCAGGGUGGGACAUUCGGCUGUGUUUGGUGUAACAUUGUCUUGUUGA